UCAGACAUGAGUGUCCCUAAAGGUCAAGUCUUCGUCAACUGAUACUAAGUUUUUGCCUAUUGAUGAGUAAACCUUUCUCAAUAGUAGCCUCUCUCAAAGUCAUUUUGUUCAUUCUGCAACCUAAGCCUGGUAAAGGAGAAGAAACGUGCAACAAUUGUUCAGGGAAUUUUGGUUCAUUAGUAAUCUUAAUCCAAGGGAAAUGGCUGAAAUAGGUACAGCUGUGGUUUCAACAUUAAUAGAGCGUGUGGUGGAUGCAAUUAUAGGUCGUGCUCGAUGUUUAUUCUAUUUCAAAAAGUCUGUUGUUGAUCUUCGAAAAUCAAAGAGAGAGUUGGAGAAGUCAUUGCAGCACAUGAGAGAACGUGUUAAAGAAGCCACUACAAAUGCAGAGAAGAUUGUGCAACCAGUUGAAGAAUGGCUGAAAGAUGUGGAAAGGGUUCUGGAAGAUGUGCAGGGGCUGGAAGAAAGGGUGGAAGAAAGUGAAUGCUGUUUGAACAUGACAUUUAAGUAUUCUCUAGCAAAAGAGGUGAUAUGCAUGACGCUGCAAAUGAAUGUGGUGAACAACAAUAACAAAUUUGAGCCAUUUUCACACCCCAUUAAACUCUCAAGCAUGAAUUACUUCUUUCCCAAAGACUUUGUGGCAUUCGAUUCUAGGAAGCCAGUUUAUGAAGAGCUACUGCAGGCAAUCCAAGAUGAGAGGAGCAAUGUGAUUGGAGUAGUUGGUGUUGAAGGUUCAGGUAAAAGCACUUUAGCAAGAGUGGUGGGGAAGCAAGUAGAGGAAUCAAAGGUUUUUGACAAGGUGGUUAUGACAAUUGUGUCUCAAGAUGUAAAAUUGAGAGAUAUUCAAGGUCAAAUUGCUGAUCACUUGAGCUUUUCAUUGGUGGAAGAGACAGAACUUGGUAGGGCACUACGGUUAUCUCACAGGUUAAAAACUGAGAAGAUUCUCAUCAUCUUUGAUGGUGUAUGGCAGAAGCUGGAUUUGGAAGCUAUUGGCAUUCCAUUGAAUGAGAAUGACAAGAGAUGUUGUGUCCUCCUCACCACCCGCGACCAAGAAGUUUGCACCUCAAUGAACUGCCACACAAUGAUUGAACUCUCUGUGCUAGAUGAAGAUGAAGGUUGGGAUUUGUUCAAGCAGCGUGCACAAAUAGAUGAUGAUUCUCCAGAAGAAAUGAGAGAGGUGGCAAAGAGAGUUUUUGACAAAUGCGAAGGACUGCUAGUUGAUAUUCUGGCAGUGGCAAGAACAUUGAAGGGAAAGACUUUUACUAGUUGGGAAUUGGCAUUAUUUAGAGUAGAAACUUCUGAAUCAAUUGAUGUUCAAAAGGGCUUGAACAGUACCUAUGAAUGCAACGAAUUGGAGGAAAUAAUUUGCUUGGAUUGGAAGGAUGCAGGUCAACUUAGAUACCUGUAUGCUCCUUCCCAGCCAGUUUUUCCCAAACUGAAGAAAAUCUUAAUCAAAGGAUGCAUCAAAUUGACAAAAAUCUUCUUCCCAAGCAUGGUUUCAAGCCUCCCAGAGUUGAGAGAGCUGUCUGUACAAGAUUGCAAUGAAUUGGUGGAAAUUGUUUCUUCAGAGGAAGCUAGACAAUUGGCAAAUCUAUCUUUUCAAUCUCAACAAGUUUCUUUCCCCAAAUUGUGGGUGAUUGAGAUUGAAAGAUGCAACAAAUUGAAAUCAAUUUUCUUUGCAACCAUAGUUUCAAGCCUAUCAGAGUUGACACAGUUGUCUAUACGCAACUGCAACAACUUAGAGGUAAUCAUUUCUUCAGAUUCCGAGGAAACAAAGAAGCACAGGAAUGUAAAUGCUCCUUUCUCACAAUUUUUCCCCAAACUAGGGAGGAUUAGCAUUGAGAAUUGCAACAAAUUGAAAACAUUCUUCUCUGCUAUCACCGUUACAAGUCUACCAAUGUUGCAACAGCUAAUUGUAAAGGACUGCAACACAUGGGAGGAAAUAAUUUCUCUAGAUUCAGAUCAAGCAGGACAGUUUAGAAACCUAUAUACUCUUUACAAUCAAGAAGACUGUUUCCCUAAACUUGGAAGCGUCCAGAUUGAAAGAUGCAACUCGUUGAAAACAAUCUUCAGCAUGGAAUUUGUUUCAACCCUUCCAGAGUUGCUUGAGUUGACUGUAAAGGAUUGUGAUGAAUGGGUGAAAAUAAUGUCCUUAGGUUUAAAGCAAGCAAAACAAGCUGGAAACCUAUCUGCUCAUUCCAAACAAAUUUGUUUCACCAAACUGCAGAAAAUUGAAAUUGAAAGUUGCAAAAGGCUUAGAACAGUUUUCUUUACAAACGUUGUUAGAAGCCUUCCGGAGUUGGAACAAAUAGUUGUAAAGAACUGUGAUGAGUGGGAGGGCAUAGUUUCUUCAGAUUCAGAGGAAGAAAGACAGUAUAGAUUCCUUUCUGCUUCUUCCCAAGAAGUUUGUUUUCCCAAAUUGAGGAAGAUUGAAAUUGAGAAGUGUAACAAAUUGAAAGCAAUCUUUUCUACAACCAUUGUCACAAGCCUACCGGAGUUGGAGCAACUGAUUGUAAAGGACUGCGAUGAAUUUGAGGAAAUAAUUUCUUUGGAUUCAGAUGAAGCUGGAGGACUUAAAAAUUCAUAUGCUCCUUCCCAACAAGUUUUCUUUCCAAAACUGGGAAGUAUUAGUAUCGAAAGAUGUUCCAAAAUUAAAAGAAUGUUUUACAUGGUUAUUGUUAGUAUCCUACCAAUGUUGGAACAAUUGGUUGUAAAGGAUUGCAAUGAAUGGGAGGAAAUAAUUUCCUUAGAUUCAGUUGAAGCAAGUGAACUUACAAAUGUUUCUGCUCCUUCCCAUCAUAUUUGUUUUCCUAGACUGAGAAAGAUUGAGAUUGAAGGCUGCAAUAGAUUGAAAGCAAUUUUCUCUUCAACCACAGUUACAAGACUGCCAAUGUUGGAGCAACUAUUUGUAAAGAACUGCAGUGGAUGUGAGGAUAUAAUUUCCUUGGAUUCAAAGGAAGCAAGCCAAUGCACAAACCAACUCGCCCCUUUCCAACAAGUUUGUUUCCCCAAACUGAUGAAGAUUGUUAUAGAAUGUUGCAACAAAUUGAAAGCAAUUUUUUUCACAACCUUAGUUACUAGACUGCCAAGGUUGGAGCAUCUGAGUAUCGACAACUGCAAUGAACUGGAGGAAAUAGUUUCUCUAGAUUCUGUGGAAAUAAGCCAACUAAGAAACCUGUGUGAUCCUUCCCAACAAAGUUUUUUCCCUGUGCUGCAGAGGAUAUUGAUCAACAGAUGCAACAAAUUGAAAAAAAUCUUCUCAGCAAAGAUUGUCACUACCCUUCCAGAGUUGGUGCAUGUAUGGAUUAACAAUUGCAAUGAAUGGGAAGAAAUAAUUUCUUCAGAUUCAGAGGAAUCAAGUAAGCAGGGAAACCUAUCAGCAGCUUCCCAACAAGUUUUUUUCCCUAAGCUGGAAUCACUUUAUAUUGAAAAAUGCAACAAAAUGAAAACAAUCUUUUGUGCAACGGUUGUUACUAGCCUACCCAAGCUACGACGUCUAAAUGUAAAGGGAUGCAACGAAUGGGAGACAAUAAUUUCUUUUGGUUCAAAGAAAGUAGGACAGAAUAAAAACUUCCUUAAUCCUUGCCAAAGCAAAUGUUUCCCUAAGCUACAAAGUAUUUGGGUUGAGGAAUGCAACAAAUUGAAAACAAUCUUCUUUCUAAGCAUCGUGUCCAGACUACCUAACUUGGAAUCCCUGUUUGUUGACAACUGCAACAAUUUGGAGGCUAUAAUUUCGCCAUAUUCAAUGGAAGCAACGCAAUCUAGAAACCUAUCAGGUCGUCCAAAUCAAGUUAGAUUCCCCAAACUUGGAAGUAUUGUGAUAAGGAGAUGCAGCAAAAUGAAAAACCUUUUCUCUACAAUCACUUUAUCAAGAUUUCCAAAGUUAAAACAACUGUUUGUACUGGACUGCAAUGAACUGGAGGAUAUAAUUUCUUCAGAAGCAAAACCACUGAGAAACCUGUCAACUUCUUCCCAACAAAUCUAUUUCCCCACACUACAAAAUAUCCAAAUCGAAAGAUGCAACAAAUUGAAGACAAUCUUCUCCUUCAUCAUUGUUAGAAGCCUGCCAGAGUUGGAAUGUGUGAGUGUAGAGGAUUGUAAUGAAUUGAAAGAAAUAUUCUUUUUCGGUUCAGAGGAAGAAGGACAAGUUGAAAAUAUAUCUGAUCCCUCCCAACAUGUUUGUCUUCCAAAAGUUCGAAGCAUUAAAAUCAAAACAUGCAACAAAUUGAAGUUUAUAUUCCCAUAUUCCGUGGCUUGUCAAUGCUCUUCACUGAAUUUACUAGAUGUAGAAUCUUGCCCUCAACUAGCGCAGAUUGUUAAAUUUGAACAUGAAGGUACAAGUGAAGAAGAAGGUUCAGGGGUGGCGAUUGAUGAUAAUCAUGCUAAGCAUUUAUUGUUUCCAAAUCUUAGUUCGCUAGAGCUCAAGAAGUUGCCAACUAUUACUGGGACUUUCCCAUGGUAUGAACCCCAAAACUGUCACUUGAUCAUACAAGAGUGCCCCAAGUAUUUGUGGUUCACUUAGUGUGCCUCAGCACACAGUGGCUAAGCAGGGAAGCUAGCUGGUGGUGUAGUUCCCAUGGCUGCUAGAACUCUUAAUCUCAAAGCCUCUUGGUGUCUCAGUUCCUUCGUACGUGUGGUUCUUUCCUCCACAUGCAGCUUAGCUCUGUUUUAUUUCAUUGCUUAAUUUAAGUGCUUGUUUAUUU